AUGUCUGAAAACCUUGACAAGUCCCAUAUAAACGAAGCAGGAGAGUCAAAGCCCAGUGACUCUGAGCAAGGCCUGGAAGGUGCUCUGGAAUGUUCUGAUGAAGCUUUACAGAAAAAAAUAAAGUCAGACUCACCUAGUCCCCAAAGAGUGGGAAGACCUCACUCUAGUCCUGCUCGGCUUGUCACUGUAGAGGAACUUCUAGAAACAGCGAAAGGAGUCACCAACAUGGCUCUAGCGCAUGAAAUUGUAGUUAACGGAGACUUCCGGAUUAAAGCCGUUGAAUUAGCAGAAGGCAGCUUGGAGAAGAGAGUAAAGGAGAUUGUACAUAAAGCAUUCUGGGAUUGCUUGAGUGUUCAGCUAAGUGAAGACCCCCCAACAUAUGACCAUGCCAUCAAACUUGUAGGAGAGAUCAAAGAGACUCUGCUGUCUUUCUUGCUGCCUGGUCACACCAGACUAAGAGACCAGAUAACUGAGGUCUUGGAUCUGGAACUGAUAAAACAGGAAGCAGAGAACGGGGCUCUAGACAUUUCCAAGCUGGCAGAAUUCAUUAUUGGAAUGAUGGGGACAUUGUGUGCACCUGCUCGAGAUGAGGAAGUUAAAAAACUAAAGGACAUUAAGGAAAUAGUGCCUCUUUUCAGGGCAAUCUUUUCUGUGUUGGACCUAAUGAAAGUAGACAUGGCCAACUUUGCUAUCAGCAGCAUCAGGCCACACCUCAUGCAGCAGUCAGUUGAAUAUGAGAGGAAGAAGUUUCAAGAGGUGUUGGAGAAGCAGCCGAACUCCCUGGACUUUGUCACCCAGUGGCUGGAGGAGGCCUCAAAUGACCUUUUAACUCAGAAGUACAAACAUACCCUGCCGGCUGGGGGAGGGGCUGCCGGCUCUGGGGAUGCUCCAGUGCUGACCCCUGUUUCUGUCCAGAAUUAUGCCUACUUGAGGCUUCUCAAGUGGGACCACUUCCGGAGACCCUUCCCAGAGACCGUUUUGAUGGACCAGUCUCGUUUCCAAGAGCUCCAGCUGCAGCUGGAGCAGCUAGCCAUCCUGGGGGCUGUGCUACUUGUCACACUCAGCAGCGCCACACCUGGAAUUUCUGGCCGGGCUGACUUUGCUGAGAAACUCAAGAUGACUGUGAAGAUUCUGCUCAUGGACAUGCAUCUGCCUUCCUUCCAUCUGGAGGAUGCUCUGACUUCCAUUGGGGAGAAAGUGUGCCUGGAGGUGAGCAGCUGCCUCUCCCUGUGUGGAUCCUCUCCAUUCUCUAUCAACAAGGAGACUGUGCUCAAGGGCCAGAUUCAGGCCCUGGCCAGUCCUGACGACCCCAUUCGCAGGAUUGUGGAGUCCCGAAUUUUUACCUUCUUGGAGACAUACCUUGCGUCUGGUCAUCAGAAGCUAUUGGCUACAGUGCCAGGGGGAUUGGGUCCCAUUCAGAAAGAGCUGGAAGAAGUUGCGGUGAAAUUUGUGCGCCUGGUCAACUAUAACAAGAUGGUGUUCUGCCCUUACUACGAUGCAAUCCUCAGUAAGCUCCUCCUCCGAUCCUGAGGUGCACAGCUGUCUGCAGCACGCUCCUUAUCUCCUCAGAACCCGCUCUCGCAGUGCCAUUGCUGUGGAGAAUGGCAUGUGGAACACUCCUGUUUAAUAGCGCUGUUCCAAAGGAGGAAUAGCCUAUGUCGCUAUGGAAAGACUCGCUGAAGAAUGCACCGAGUUCUGUUUUGAGGACUGUAUUUAUGAGUACAAGUUUACAAACUCAAGAAGCUUUUGUUCUCUUGAGUUUACAGGUAGCACUUAGCUUUCAUCAGUUGGCUGCCACUGUCUCUGCUCCUGCUGCAUCAGGUUGGAGGAGCUGGUUCUCCCAGGAGCCUGGGACCUUUCACUUAUGUGGGUCAUUCUUUCUCAGAUACUCCAUGUUGACAGUCAUAAGCCAUGACUUGUUCUCUUUCCGCCUUUUACAACAUUCCUCCCACUGCUCUUCCCUGUGAGUGGGUCUUUUUUGUUUGUUUGUUUUCUUUUUUCCUGACAAAGUUUCUCUGUGUAGCCCUGGCUGUCCUGGAACUAGCUCUGGAGACCAGGCUGGCCUCAAACUCACAGAGAUCCGCCUGCCUCUGCCUCCCGAGUGCUGGGAUUAAAGGCGUGCGCCACCACUGCCUGGCCACUGUUGGUGGCUUAUGAUCAAGCUCUCUAUAGCUGUACAGUGUCCUAUCCCACUCCUUCCCCACCCCCAUCCAUUUAUUGCUUCUUGGGUCUGGUCUAGCCAGUGUUUAGAGCCCUUUUGUUCUACAGCAGUGUGUCUUGAUAUUUAUUUUGUCUUAUUUUUUCAUCAGUAGUAGUAUUUUUGAGACAACCUCUCUAUAUAUAAACCUCUGGCUGGCCUGGAAUUUGCUAUGUAAAACAAGCUGACUCAAGACUUGCAUCAAUCCUCCUGCCUCUGCUUCACACAUGCUAGGAUUACAGGCCUCUGCCACCAUACCCAUUGGAUAUAACUUGAUUUCUAUAAUCUUGUUUUGUGGGCUUGGUAUGUCAUACAGUGGUUAGUGAUUGCCUAGUAUGCAUAAGACCCUUGGAUUGAUGUCUUGCAUCUAAACAAUGAAAGGUGUAUACACACACACACACCAGGCAUUGAGAAGCCAUAAGCCCCUGUACCUUCAGCUGCUUGAAAGGUAGGAGGAUUGUUUGUGUCCAGGAACUCAGGAGCAGCCUGGUAAUAGAGACUGUACCUUAAAAGAACAAGGACAGAAAUACUGUUCUUUCUACAGAAGUGCACCUGAGCCAGGAUGGCAAAGCUGAGGCUUAUGGAACCAGGCAUGGUGACAUGUGCCUGUAAUCUUACCUCUAGGAAGGCCGAAGCAACAGAAUUGCAAGUUGAAGGCUAACCUGGACUACAGAGUGUCAUUCAAAAGCAAGACAAUGUGCUGGGCAGUGGUGGUGCGUACCUUUAAUCCCAGCACGCAGAAGGCAGAGGCAGGGGGAUCUCUGAGUUUGAGCCAGCCUGGUCUGGUCUACAGAGUGAGUUCCAGGACAGCCUGGCCAGGGCUAUACAGAGAAACCCUGUCUCAAAAAAACAAAAACCAAACAAACAAAAGGACAACACUGACAUAUGAGGUCUAAAGAAAUAAAACCCUUUUACUUUUAAUCCUUAAAAGAUAGACAUAUAGUUUAGUAUAAUCCACUGUAAUGAAUACACAGAUAUGCUGAUGGAAUUCUAAUUUAGAAGGUAGAUUUAAGUGUUUCAGGUGAAAUAGCCCAACCUCACUAGUCUACAUAAGGAAAAAAGUCCCCAGUAUUUGAGCAGAAUUGUUAAGGAAUUUGAGUGACCAGAAUUUCUGACAUAGCAUGUGACCACAAGAGCGCUUUGGAUGUGGUACAGAUGAUCUGUUAAAAAAGAAAAAUCCAGAUGGUGGUGGCAUGUGCGUUUAAUCCCAUCAUUCAGGAGGCAGAGGCAGGCAGAUCUCUGUGAGUUUGGGCCAGCCUGGUCUACAGAGGGAGUUCCAGGACAGCCAGGGAAUAUACGUGAAAGUCAGUCUAAGAAAAAGAAAAUAUGUUUACUACUGUGUAUAUUUUAGAUAGGAACAUUAUAGUACAAGCAGAGCCAUGAAAUUAGAAUGAUCUCUAGACAGAUUACCUGGGCACCAGAGACAAAAGGAAUAUUCACUCUCAAAAUUAUCCAGUGAUAACAGGAUGCCGGAGAUUGCAUAGUGAGCCUAGCCUGGGGAAAUACACUUAAAAUCCCAAUACUUCAGAGGCUGAGGUAGAAGGCCAGCCUGGGUUACCACCUGAAAAAGAAAAUGAAAGAAUGGCUAUAUUGAGGAUGGUUUCUUCAAAUAUGCACUACAAACUACUCUAAUGCUGAUUUUUGUUUUCAACUAAAAUAAUGUCCUGGCUGUGGUGAUGUGCCUUUAAUCCUAGCACUCCAGAGGCAGGAGAAGGUAGAUUUCCAUUAGUUCAAGGCCAGCCUUGUCUACAUAGUGGCUUUCCAGGCUGUCGAGGGAUGCAUAGUGAGACCCUGUCUCAAAAAUAAAUAAAUAAAAGUAUGCUGUAUCAUGUG